AUGACUAUUAGUCUUAAUCUAGAAAUGAAAAUUAUUCAGAUUCCUAUUCUUAUAAUCAUACAAAUAGAAGUUACAGACCAAGUAGAAUUUAAUCAAGAAAUUCAAGAGAAUUUUAAAAAUAUCAAGAGGAUUCUUCUUAGUUAUAAUUGCCUAAUUUUCGUAUAAAAUCAACACCAAGAGAAUAUUAAAUUCCAUAUAGAACAAAAAGAUAUCAUCUGAAUGUUUCACGCAUAAAAGUCCUUUUUUUAUAUAUUUUAGCAUACAUAAGAUGGAGUAGAAACUAUAGGUAUUAUUAUAUAUCUUAUGAUAAGGUAAAAAAGAGUUCUAAAAUUAUAAUAAUUGAAAUAAAUUAGAUAGAAAUAUACAAAAUGUCUUGAAACAAUUUCUAAUUAAGAUGUACUAUUAUGUAAAGGUAUUAUUAAAUAAUGGAUUUGUAAUAUUAUAGAUCCAUUAAUUAAAUCAUGUUCUACAAAAUAAUUUAUAUUACAAUCAAAUGAAAAUUCAAAAAAUCCAAAUAGUGAAAAUUCUAUUUAAUGUAGACAAAAUUAAUUGAUGUUAUUAACAAAUUAAAUACUGAAUAAUAUGGAAAAAUUUACAGAAAAAGAUAAAAUUCCAGAAUUAUUUUAAACUUCAUUAUUUUUAUCAUUAUUUAAAAGUUAAAAUAUUAAAGCUCCAUUAUUUGUUGCUAAAAGAACUAAAUAUUAUACAAAAAAUACUAUUAAAAUUGGAAUUUAUUAAGAAAAAAUGAUUAUAAGUGAAUAUUUCAUUUUUAGAUUAUUGAUAUCUAAUUUAAUUGAAUCUUCAAAUAAUAUGAUUUAUUAAAAUAUAAAUCAUAAAAUGUAAUGUAAAUUUAUUAUUCUUGCUAUUAUGGGAAUAUUAUAAAUUUUAUAUUAAGAUUACUUUUCAGAAUUAAAAUAAUUAGAUUAACCUUCGACUGAACUUUUUUAGCGAAGAAUUAAAAUUAGUAAAUAAUAAGAUAUAUCCAUUAUAAUUGAUGAUAAUAUUGAUUAAGAAGAAUCACUCAUAUUUGGACUUCAUUCUAAAAAACAUUUUGAAAAUUUAAUGGAAAAAAAUUAAGAAUGGCUUUAAGAAAUUUGUUUAAAAUUUGCAAAGAUUUUAAAUAAUCUACAUUCAAUUUUAUGA